CCCCUGAUUGGUGGAGCCAAUCGCCCUGUUCUGUUGCUGGGCUGAGAGGAUGUAGCGGCGGAGAGCGUCUUCCCUCAGAGCGAACGAGCGAGUCAGGGCUUGCUCUUGCUGCUACUGCUGCUGGGCACCUCGUCGCCGGCAUGAGAAAGCGGAAUGAGUCCGUCACGUUGGAGUCCUCCUCUCCGCCUCUGGAGAAGGGUUUCAGCCUGAGGACGAGCCUGCGUUUGCCGGGCAGCGACGGCAUGAAGCGGACGCUCGGCAGGAGACAUGGAAUGUGGUUUCGGUUUCGGAAAGUAGUAAUGUGGUUGUUGGGAGUGUACAUAGCCAUUCCAUUUCUAGUAAAACUCUGUCCUGCUAUUCAGGCAAAGCUCGUCUUCCUGAAUUUUGUGAGAGUACCCUAUUUCAUUGACUUGAAAAGGCCCCAGGACCAAGGAUUAAACCACACCUGUAACUAUUACUUGCAACCAGAGGAAGAUGUAACCAUUGGAGUCUGGCACACAGUUCCUGCAGUGCUAUGGAAGGAUGCUCAAAGCAAGGAUCAGCCAUGGUACGAAGACAUUUUGGGUUCUAAUCACCCUGUGAUCCUUUACUUACAUGGAAAUGCAGGAACCAGAGGAGGCGAUCAUCGUGUAGAACUGUAUAAGGUUUUAAGUUCACUUGGUUUCCACGUAGUCACAUUUGAUUAUCGAGGUUGGGGAGACUCAAUAGGCACUCCCUCAGAGAGUGGGAUGACCUAUGAUGCUCUUCAUGUUUUUGACUGGAUAAAAGCAAGAAGUGGAGAUAACCCAGUUUAUAUAUGGGGGCACUCUUUAGGCACUGGAGUCGCAACCAACCUAGUGAGGCGUCUUUGUGAAAGAGAAACUCCCCCUGAUGCUUUGAUCUUGGAAUCUCCCUUUACAAACAUACGCGAAGAAGCAAAAAGCCACCCCUUUAGUGUAAUAUAUAGAUAUUUCCCAGGAUUUGACUGGUUUUUCCUUGAUCCCAUAACAUCAAGCGGAAUUAAGUUUGCAAAUGAUGAAAACGUGAAGCACAUUUCAUGUUCUCUGCUUAUUCUUCAUGCUGAAGAUGAUCCUGUAGUUCCAUUUCAUCUUGGAAAAAAGCUGUACAACAUUGCAGCCCCAUCUCGGAGCUUUCGUGAUUUCAAAGUCCAGUUCGUUCCAUUUCACACAGAUCUAGGUUACAGGCAUAAAUAUAUCUACAAGAGCCCAGAACUACCUCGAAUAUUAAGGGAAUUCAUGGGGAAAUCUGAACAUAAGCACCAUCACUGAAGACUACCAGCUUGGUAGACUUGAGAUUAUGUCCCCUGAGGAAGAAAAAGGAAAAACAAACACCUGCCUUGUUUUAAAAUCUAGGCACUGGAUAAAUCUCCGAUUGCUGCUCCACUCCUCUUGCAUCCCUUUGGAAUCCCAGCCUUUGGGGGAAGUAGGUAUGAAGAGCGAAUUUAGUUGGCUUCUGACCCUCAACCCCACCUUUAUUUUUCUUCUAAAGAAGGGAAUCAGACUAAUUGGAACAGUUAUGUUCAAGCACAAGAAAGACUUGGUUUUAAAAAACGAUGAAAGUUAUAAACAUUCCUACAGAUGUGUGUGCUGGCUCGCAACAGUCUACAGGACAAAAAAAACUUGCACUCAGAAACGCAAAUGGACUGCAAUUAUCUGCAAAAAAUGUAACAGCUAUAAUAUUUCAAUGCUGCACUUAGAUUACGAGAAUUGCAGGUUGUUCUCAUGUAGAAAUUAGUUCAGUGAAGAAUACUUCUUUUUCUCCUGUCAGUUAUCUAAUUAGGAAUUGGUGAAAAUGAUGGAUUGUUUUGGUUUUUUAUUCCUUUGAAAAGACAGAAGUUAGGAUAUUUACAAGAAGAUAUUUCAGAAUGAAAUGAAGGAUGUUUCUCCUUUAAAAUAAGGUAAUUAUUUAGUAGUGAUAAUUUAAUAGUAAGUUUCCCUUUCUCUAUUGCCUUGCUUUUACAUUUCAUAGCACUCUCACAUAUAUAGAUAAUAUAUACAAAUCUUUACUUCAUAGACAAGCACAUCUCCUUUAAUAUUAUUUCUCCUAAUUUCCAGGUCAUUCUAUUUAGGUGUCUAUGGUACUUAAGUGAUAUAAAUUACAGAUGGAGAGAUUUAUUUGAAGGACUCCUUUUUUAAAAUGGAGGUGCCUUUGAGCUGAGUCCUGCAAGGGAUGAUGGGAUAUUUGUUUUUCCACUGUGGUGAAGAUGUCUUCCAAUCUCCUCUAAUAGAGAGACACAUAUGCACUUUGGAGGGAAAAAAACUAUUACCUAUCUUUUUAGUAAUCAUGAUUCUUUAUAUCCUCAACCCUGUCAUUUUAUUUUAAUAAAUACUCAGGUACAUUUGAGCUGGUCAGAAGUUUUCUUUUUCUUUUAAAUUCAAGAGAUUCCAUAUAACUGAAUAUUUUAACUUCAUCUCCUUGACUAACACGUUCGACUCCCUCAAGAGGGAAAAUAUUUACAUAUGUGAGAACCCUAUGUUAAUCUAGACUAGUUAAAAGUACUCAAAAUUAAACAUGUUGGUUAUUUCCCAGUCCUUAUCCGUUAAAACAUUUUUUUCCUCGUAAAAUUAAAGUUUGAUUUUACCUUUGUAUUUCUGUUGAUAUUAUUAACAUCUAGAGCUAUGUGAAAACUUCCUGAUCAACCUCAAAUGUUCCCUUCAGUUGGCAAAUGCCAGGCAGAGAACCUAGUUUCUCUUUAUUGUAGAAAAGCAACUGCUGACUUUAAAUUUAGCAGGCAGCAUGACGGUAACUCAUGGUAAUAAACAUUGAACAUGGAAUCUGAUUUUUAUGUUUAUCUCUUUUCCUCAUACUUGACCAUAUUGUUAUUGUGAACCUUAUAAAAUCAAUCAAUUGUGUUCAACUCUUCAAAAUCAUGGCAUAAUAAACCAAGAUCUGGGGCAAAGCUCCUUCACCUGGGUGAAGAUCUGUUCUGUCUUUGUGUAGGGGCUGGAAGUAUCCAUGAAACCAAAAUUAAGUAUAUUUUAUAUCCAACCAAACCCAGCAUUAAACCAUGGUUUAGUUUCCUUCCAUGUUCUGACUUAUCUGGAAUCUAUGGACAAGUCGCUGAUUGGGAUAUAAUAGAAAUUCAGAGGCUUUACUGACUGAAGGGAGGAGAAAAAGGACUAUGUCGGGUUCUUGAAGGUUGUGUAUACUUUGGUUAAUCUGAAAUACAUAUAAGAUGAAAAAUGGUGUUGCAGUGCCUAUUUCUGUCACUUGCUACCAGACAGAUGGUACUGUUUAUUGAGGCAAUAUCUAAUUGUUUGCUAAUGGAAUGUGAUGUUAGGUUUUUACUGUAUGUUAUCCCAUCUGUAUCAACUGCAUUAGGAUAAUUCAGGAUCACGUUUAACUACCUGUGAAGAUAUUUGGAAUAGAUGCUGCAAAAGCCACAGACCGCUUCUGUGCACUUAACUCAAACCUACCAUUCUUUCCCUGUCCUGGCACUACUUCUGUAAUUCUAGAUACGAUUUCUUGAUGUGUUUUGUUGGCCACCUUUAAGAUUCUGAGAGUCACCAUUCAUGCAUAGUAAUUUGGAAGCAGGGGAUUCGAGACAGCGUGGCAGUUGAGCCCAAACAAAUUACUUUACAGUAGUCCUCUUAGUUUUGUGGGCAGGGCCUUGAGGUGUGUCAUUCAAUACACAUGUAGUAUCGAGCAUCGUAAUCCUAGACACUAGUCUUCAGAAGUUAAUAAAAGGCAUUGAUGAGUAAUAUUGAUUGUAAAUGAAAUACUUGGAUUUUGCAUGCAUCAGACAUACAGUCUUAUCUUUCAGUUCCGUCAUACUUGCAAGGAGACAGUAGCUUAAUUGUGUAGAGACUUUUCUACUGUAGUGAAGUCUAUCAAGAUUGUGAGUCACAAUUAUCUCUGCAUUAGAUUAUGCCCUAUAAAACUGUCUCUCUGCACAUACACACCCUCUUUCUACAGACAGCGCUUUGGGUUAUUGCACUAAUGCUAUUUUGGCUCUUUUGUGCUAAACAAAAGAAAUAUUCCAGUUAAUGCUGCUGCAGACUCCUCCCACUGUAGUGUUGAUAAAAGUACAAACCAAUGUGGAAAUAGCAACUCCUCCCAUACAACACCAAUAAGAGUCCAAAGCAUGCACUAGUGCUGGUUCUCCUGACACACAUGUACUAGUUGUUAGAUCAGUGACAUGCUUUGAAAUGGAAAUGUUUAUCUAAAAGGUGUGUAGUUUUAAUAAAGCGAGUGACUUCUGACUUC